AUGUCACUCGAUGACAUCAAUAAACUAGAACCGAAUGGAAGUACAGCUUUACAUGUUGCAUGUUAUUAUGGUCAUUAUGAUAUUGUUAAGAUGCUCUUAGAUGCAGGUGCAUCUCGUUCCAUACGCAAUCGACAGUUCAGUUUAACUGCAUUUGAGGAAGCACAUACCGACCAAAUUCGAAGAUUGUUUUAUCGUGUGAAUAAUACAAAUAAUAUAAUAUCUGAUGUAGACAACGAUCGUUUUACCGGAUUAUCUGGACAUACAGAAUGGGUAGUGGAGUCUAAACAGGCAGCAGAUUGGAAGAUCAAUCUCUAUAAAUGGCUAAAACUUGAACAAUCUUUCGAUGAAGUGAUUGCUUUUCUCAAUGAGCAUUACAUAGAUGAUUAUGUGGCUCGAGCAUGCAAUUCUGAUCAGGAUAAGCAAGUGAUUCAAUGGUUCUUUCGUCAAGCGGCUUUAGAGCAAAAUGCUCAAUAUAUUGUAAAAGCAUACACGUCUGUCACUCAAUUUUAUACUAUAGUUAAUACUCAUAUGGCUAAAUUUCUGUUGCGGUUCUUUCGUUGGAACUAUGAUGCACGACACGCUAACACAUUGGAGAAAUCUGUCGGUUAUUUAGCUUCCAUAUUUAUAUAUCAUCCCGAUUUACGUUCUCUCAGUUAUACAGGUACAACUUACAGAGGAAUGAUACUUAGUCAACAUGAUCUUUCUAUUUACAAUGUUGGCAAGCGAUUAUUGAAUAAAUCAUUUCUUUCAACAUCACUUGCUCGUCAUAUAGCUGAGUUAUUUGCUGGAGCUGGUAAUUCAAAAUCUAUGCGACGAAAUUUAAAUCAUGAGCUUAUCCAAUAUAUGACACUUUGCAUCUAUAACAUCAGAAAUCCAGAUACAGCAUUACAAAUUGGAACAAUUUCCGAAGUACCAUUAGAACAAGAAGUACUUAUAAUGCCAUUGUGUGCUUUUCAAAUCAAAUCGAUUAGAAAAAACUUAGGCAACGAAAGCAAUAUUGAUGUUGAAAUAGAACUGGAAGAGUGCAUUUGUAGUGACUUUGAUGAUAUUAAUCAAUCAACAGAAUGUGUGCCUAAGAGCCCAGAUUCACGAAUAGUAUGCUAG